CCAUGGCCAAAUCCAUUAGAACGGAAGCAAAGGGUGGUGAUAGAAUGAGAAUGGGAAGUGACAGCGAAAGUGAAGAGAGAUGGCGUUACACAUGGGAAGCACAGUCCCACAUCCCAACGCUUCGCUUAAUGCUAUUUCCCCAAAACAAAACCCUCAUUCCUUCUCUCCAAUGCCACAACCUCAACGUCCACCUUCAUUCCUCGCACUCUUUUCUCAUCCUCACUUUCUCCUCCCUCUCCCUUAGGGUUCCACUCCCUUCCGUUUUGGUCGACGCCGAUUCUCCGAUCACAUUCCGACCACUCUCCGACCACAUUCAGGUCAAGCUCGUCCUCCUCCUCCCCGUCGACCACCCUGUCCUCUCCACCCUCAACCUAUCGCAAACUUCGCCGCCGCACGCUUCCGUACCUCUCCAAAUGGAAUCUGAUGUGAAAACAUUGUCUUCUGGAGGAGAAGUUGACUUUUACUGCAGAAGUUGCGCCUUCAAGUUGACCAAAAGUCCUCUCAAGAAUUUUGUUGAAAUGCCAUCGGCAAAUUGGAGAGAGGUAGCUGACAACUGGUUUGGGGCUUGUUGUUGUUCAUUUGGAGGAAUAAGUGAGAAGUUGGUGAUGAAGUAUGUAAAUUCUCAUACAUGUGCGCCAGGGUUAUGCUUAUUAAGCUCCACAUCUAUCACUCUUUGCAAGGAUGAUCUUGUGGAAUGUGAUUUUCCUGAAGGGUGUGGACAACAAGAGUGUACUUCUAUGGCUGAAAAACCCAGAGAUGAUGGUGUUAGCAAAGGCACAAGAAAAUCUGAAUUAAAUGAAGAAAAAACUUCAACUUGCGGUGAUGCGUAUGGAGUGACCCAUGCUCAUGAUGAGAACUCAAGGUUUGCAAAUCGUGAGAAUGAAAAGCUUUCCGUGAAUUUUAGAUGUGAAGUGGCUGAGAAUAAACCUGAUCAUGGUGACUUCUUUCAUUCACAUCCAGAUUCAAAUGAUGCUGAAGACGUGACCCAAACUACUAGUUGUUGUGCUCAUAUGACGAACGUAGUUGUGGAUGAAGACAGUGAAUGUCAUUUAUCUGGAACUGCUAGAAAGGGACAGAUGCCUACAGAGACCAUGGAAAUUCUGGGCAAUCAACAAUCUUUCCUCAAUGGUUUUCUUGAAGAUGUUUUCAUGGCUAGAUCAUCAAAUCUUUCAAAGGAUAUUGAUUGGCAUGAAUUUAUGUGCCCUCAAUGCUUGUCUCUUCUUGGAGCCUACCCUUGUUGUGAGGACCAUGCACCUGUAGAUGGAGGAGUACGAUUAUUUAAAUGUUAUAUUUCAACCUGUGUGCCAGUUGGAGGAUCAGGCAACAUGAUCAGCAAAUAUACAAUGGACAAAAUGUUCGCAAAUCGGUUGAUGGAGUGUGCAAAUGAUGAAUCAUCAUUUCGGUUUGUUAUUAGAGAUCUGACAACCCAAUCGCUUGUCCUGCAAAUUAUUCUUUUAAAUCCAGAUAUAUGGUCUUGUUCUGGUAAUUGUUCUAGUACAGAGGACAAAGAGCCAGUUCCUAAAUUGCUGUUACGCCCCACCAUCAAAGUGCUUUUUUCUGAAUGUAAUGCUGCAACAGAAUCUCAAUUAAGGAUGAUAGAAGAAUGGGCAACAAAGAAUUCGGCUGAAAACAUUUUUAUGUUGACUCAUCAAUUACAAGAAUUGGUGGGGUCGUUGAUGUCAGCAAAAGACUCAUAUCCACCUUCAUGUGCUUCCCUUCAAGGUUUGUUUUUGUCCUCUGUGCUGCGGUAGUAAUCUACGCAUCUACUUAUUUGGCCAUCAAAGUUAAAUAGCGCCAAGCAAAGGUUGAGUGAUUGGUUAAACUUGUAUAUUGUAUGAAGGAAAAUGUUAGAUUAUAGCUAGAAUUUACUUGACAGAGUAGGAGCCAGAUUGACUUUUUUUGUAAUAGAUAAAUGGUAUCAAUUUAUCUUAACCAACCACGUGAAUGCUGGUGGUUAAAUUCUGU